CAAAUGUAGACAUUGACAGCGCUCUCUCUAAUCAAAGAGUUAUCUGCAUAAAUGAUUUGGUUAGGUGCUAUGAUAUUGAUUAUUGUUAGUUCAGUAAAGCGUGAGUAGCGCAGCGAGUGAGUGCUAUUUUUAUUCACUAGAGAAAAUUCAAUAACAAACAAUGGAUACAAGAACAACGCAAGGAACUGCUUCACAGAAGAAUUCGAAUGAGUUAAAACGUUUUUUCAAUGAGAAAUUAUUGGCAAACAUAUUUCGUUUCUACGAAGAACAAUAUUUAAUUGAUGUGACAUUUAAAGUUUCAAAUCCAGUGUCUUUUGUACCCGCGCAUCGUUUGAUACUCUCAGCAGCGAGUCCUUACUUCGAGGAUCUCUUCAACGGUGAUCGUGGCAUUAAUCCUGUUAUCGAAAUAAAUGAUAUCGAUAGCGAUAUUUUUAAGCUCUUAAUAACAUUUUGCUACACCGGCCAGACGCUGGUGACCGUUGAAAAUGUCGCUGCGAUGCUGAAGGCGGCAAUCGUGUUGCAAUUGGAAGAUGCCGCAACCACUUGUGUGGACUACCUAAUGACACAUAUCAAUGAAUGCACAUUACAGAGUGCAUAUGCGUUAGAACGCGAAACGCAAUGUGAACUCCUGAAACAAAAAAUCCGUGAAUACGAAAUACGGAAUUUCAUGGAGAUCAUUCAACACGACGAGUUUCUCAAUUUUGAAGUUGAGAAAUUGCACUGUCUUCUAGAAUCGGACAAUUUGAAUAUAGCUCGUGAGAAAGAUGCAUUUGAUUCAAUAACACGUUGGUUCAAUCACAAUGUUUCUGCGCGCCGAGAACAACUACCUCGCUUAGUCUCUUGCUUGCGGCUUACACAAUUCGAUGUGGACUUCCUGUUGACUCACAUACAAACAUUACCAGGCUGUGAGCUGUUGGCUUUCAUGGCGUCCAUGUGGAUCAGGGAGCCCGCAGCACGGACAAAAUUAAAUAUCCGGUUUACAGAACCUCGUGUAGGGGUCAAUGCCGGAGACGGUGUUGAGAAAACAUUGCUGGCACUGUACAAAGAGGCGGGCAAGAAUAGCCCAUGUGUGCUGCAAUAUGACAAAACUGAGGAUAAAUGGCAAGAAUAUGCGAGUAUAAAUAACUUUAACACCAAAUGUAGUGCCGUUUUGAAAGAUGAUAAUAUAUUGUUUUUGGGCGGUACUGAUCAGCAUGGAAACGCAUCUAACACCGUCCUCAGCUGGAAUAUACGGAAUAAAACAUGGAAAGAAAUGCCCGCCAUGAACCAGGCAAGACGGCUUCACAGUGUUGUCGAAUUAGACGGUAAAAUCUACGCUAUUGGUGGUCGUGGGAAUGAUGAUACGCUUCUGCAGUCAGUUGAAAGGUAUACGACAUCCAAUGGUUGGGAGUUCGUGAAACCUUUGUUUACAGCACGACACAGUGGCGAUGCAGUGUCUUUGAAUGGUAAAAUCUACGUAGUUGGCGGUUGGAAUCAAACUCGCUUAAAAUCCGUCGAAUGCUACAAUCCGGAUACGAAAACUUGGACUCUUUGUGCGGAUAUGACGGAAUAUCGACGUUCUCCUGGUAUAACUGCACACAAUGGUCAGAUCUAUAUUGUAGCCGAUAUUUCAAAUCACGAUAUCAAUACUGUUGAACGCUACGAUCCUCAGCGGGACACAUGGACUACGAUUUGCUCUUUAGAAAGUGGAGGAACCGUUUGGAGCAGCAUCGCUUGCGCAUCUCUUGACAAUAAACUUUGGGCUAUUGGGGGUAGAGUGGGAGCUGAGAAUAACACAACUGUAGCAGCUUAUGACGAAGAAAAUGACGGUUGGAUACAGAAGAGCUUAUUACCCAAAUGUUUAAUAUAUUCUUGUUUUGUUGUACCUGUAUCUGUACUAGUAUCACAGUAUUAAAACACGUAUUUUAACAUACAGCAUAUAAGCCGG